AUGCAAAGUGAACAAGGAAUUAGCAAAGUGGUUAUGACUGGUGGUUCUAAUAUGCCUGUUCCUCAAUUAUUGUCAAUGACUGGAGAUCUUAAAAUACAACGAACUCGCAAAGUUCUUUUGAUCAUACUUGGCAUUUUACUUGCUCUUUCUCUGAUCAGUACAAUAACUGCAAUUUAUGGAAAUCGAAUUGGAGAUGGUAUAAAAGAGACUCAUGGUGGUAUGCAAUUUGGUCAAUCUCUUAUUUCAGUUCUUUUCUAUGGAUUUGGAAUAUUCGUUGCUUAUCGAUAUUAUGAAACUGGAUUACGAGUGGUAUGUUUUGUCUGUUAGCUUUUAUUAAAUGAAAAGUUCUUAUAAUAAUGUUUGAAGCAAGUCAAGUUUCUUUUAACUUUAAAAACUUUUUAGAACAAAUCUUUCAUCGAUUUAAACAUAAUAAAUAAUGAAUGAAAUACUUUCUAAUCAUGAGUUAUUGAUUAUAAAUAUACCUCAAAAAUCUCUUUCGAAAACAUAUCUGUUGAAAGUAUUCUGAUCUAAGCACUUGAAUGAAACGAACAAUGACUUUUCCUGUUAACUUUACAAAUAGUUUUAUGUUAUUGAAGUUAUUCGAUGUUUUUUGAUAAACGAUUGAUAUUCAUAUAAAAUUGAUUGAUAGAAUUGAAUGAUCUAUUUGAAAUGUCUGACAUUAAGUAGAUAGGAAUCAUUCAUACAUUUAGCAAUGCAAUUCAAAAGUUUGUCAGAAGUCUUAUAAAGAAAUACAGUGCAACAAUUAGUUGAUUAGUGAUUUUCUCUUGUGCUAUAUCUCGGUUGAUCUCUAUUUGUUUUUCAUUUGUCUUACAAUUUAUAUUUGUUCUCUAAAAGAUUGUAAGCAAAACUAUUUGUGUACAUAUAUAUUAAUACAAAGUUAUAUCGAAAUCAUUUUCGACGAGAAACUUUCUAUUGAUUUAAUUUUUGUUAUUUAUUGAAGUCGAAACUAUGGACAAAACUAAUGAAUUUCAAAAUGAUAAGAUCAUGGUUCACAGUAAAAAAAAAUCUAUCAAAAACCGACUUUUGACAGUUUUAGCUGUUUCGAGAUCUUACAUAUACGCAUUGAUAUUCGAAAUUUCUUGAAAAAAGCUGAAACAACAUGUUCCAUCAAAAUUCGUACAAUAAAAUAUUCUUAUUAAAAGUGAAAUUUUCUUGUUUUAUCUUUAGUUUGCUGGGCUGAGUAUAAUUAUACUGAUUACGAUGGCUAUUUUAAUUGUAUUUCUUCUCUUUGCUGGUAUCGCUGCUUCAGCUACCGGAAACUUUUCUAAUGAUGAUAAGAGCCAGACUCUUACGCUAGGUGUUUCAAUAGGUAUCUUAGCAAUUGUUCUUGCUUGCAUUGCUCGUCUGGUGCUUACAGUAACUAUUUUAUCUCAUUCAUUUUUAUUAAUAUUAUACUUAUUUUAUUUUCUAGAUAAUCAUUAUUAAAUUUUCCUUCAAAUUGGCUACACUCAUUGAUGUCAGAAGAUCUUUUGCCACUCAACAACCCAACAUAUGGUUUACUCAAUAGUUUAAUCAUAUUAAAUUUUUCACUUUUUUUUGUAGCUUCUCAUUUCCUAUUUCUUUCUUCCCUAGAAAUCUCAAAAAUAAAUGUCGAAGAUCUUUUCCUGAUCGAUAACUUGUUGAAUACAACAAUUUUUUAUACUUUGAGAUAAUGUUCCAUGACAAAUAUCAGUCUCUUAUACUUACUAAAUAGAAUAAAAUAUAGUUAAAGCUGUCCUCAUAUUUCAUUAACAUUAUGAAUAUAACUUCUGGAAAUAAGUGAACAAACGAAUCGAUUCAUUGUGAUACAUAAUAAAAAUCUAUUAGAACCGUCGUUUAACAAUUAUUUUCUGCUAUUUUUUACAGCAGCCUUUUUAUUCUAUUCAGAGAUAUAUGUUGAUCAUCAGUCAAAAUAGUACUGCUGUCAAUGUAGAUAAUAAUAUUCAUUAUGGUACUUCGUAUCUCAAGUUGUGUACGUCUUAAACAUAAGAAAAACUUGAAUAUCAGAUAGAGAUAAACAUAAAAUAAAUAAAAAACAAAGAUAUUAGGGAUAGGUAUGAGAGAAAAAACGAAUUGAGAUAACGAAUGAGAAUGCUAUCAUCAUUGAUAUAUCAAUAGUGCCCAUAAUAUAAGUGUCCAUGACGACUAUGUUUUCUAUUUUACUUUUACAAAAAAUAUGUGAGGCUUCCUUUUUCUUAGAUUACAUAUAUUCAUUUUUGAAUUCAUUUUCUAUAACAAUACAAGUCAAAGGUUACUGUACUUAGAUCCUUACGAGAAGUCUGAUGAGUUUGACUAGAUUUGGAACAAAUCAAAAGUAAUAUUUUCUGAAAAAUUUGAGUCCUGACUUCAGGAAAAUAUUUAAAGAAUAAUCAAAUUAAUAGAGUGAUCACAACAUAUAGAACUGAUAUGAUAUCGCUUGGCGUACUGUUGUAUGAUGAUAUAAUUAUGAAGAAACAUUGAAGAUGAAAGUCAUAAUUCGCAUAUCUACAUCAGAGAUAAUUGAUUAAAAUCAAUAAAGAAUGCUUUUAUCUAUGUAUGAUCAUUCAUCGAACUUUGUAUAACUUUUUUUUUCCAUAAAUUUUGUUUCCGACCACAGUUAGAAUAGUUAAAUCUUUUUUGAUUGGACACAACCGGCAGAAAACCACACACUAAGAGGUUUUUGAUUAAACAGAUGGACAAACAACUUUCAAUUCGUCAUAAAUGAUCGUAUAUCACCGAGAAAAUCAUUUUUAACAAGUAAAUGUUUUUCAAAAAUAAUAUCUAUAGGAUUCUGCCCAUAGUUUUUCGAAGAGUAUUUUUUGAAAAAUAUUUUGAGUUCUGUAUCAUUUGACGUAGUCUAAUAUGCUCAUUCUGUAUAUCACAUUAAUGUUUCUUCAUAGUAUAAUAUGGAUGCUUAAAAUAGAAUUUUGGGGGGUCUCUUAUAUAGUUACGAAGACAUUUCACAGGUUGAUUCGAUGGCUACUAUUAGGUUACAUAUGGAGAAAUAUUGGAUAAAAAUUUGAGCUCAAUCAGAUGUUGUCAUUCUAUACGCUUUAUAGUAUACGAAAUAGUUGGAGUUCAGAUAGGUUUUUCUAACAGAGACACUUCGUUUUGUGGCUCAUUUUAAAUUGAAUUAGGCUCAAGUUUUUUUUUUACAAAGUCCACAGCUGAUCAAGUUUUUUGUGAUGCUGCUUGAUGAUACAAUAUUUUUUUUGUAUUGUCAAAUAACUUGUCUUUAUUUAGUUAUAUGAGUUUAUGAGUUAAAGCCAUCGUGUGCUGAUUUCUAGACGUCUGUAAAACUAUAAUGAUCUUGUUCAUAUCUGUCAUAUAUUCUUUCUCCACAGCGUUUUCACUUUUAUCCAAUGGUUAUUAUGAUAUAUUUUUGAAAAUUAUUGCAUUUUUCGUUUAUAUAGCCUAUGUCAAGUAUUUAAAAAAGUCGAUCUCAAUCUAUUUAAGUCGUAGCAAAAUUAAACUUUUAUCUAGAGCAGUGAGCAAAAGCGUAUCACAAUCUCUGUGUUUUAUAGAUUGCAAUAUUUUUUAUCCAAUUCAUUUUCGAUUUCAAGGUUGACAUGAACACUUUAUUUUAAUAUAACGUGUCGUCAAUAUUUGCUUUAAUUGACAGUUCUAAAGUAUUUUCAUGAUAUCAACCAAUUCGACAGCCAAAUUAGUCGACAAAUGAUUCCAUUUUUUUCUUGCUGCAACACACGAACCAUUUGAAUGUUUUCACCCCUUAUUCGACAUUUUACUAUCGAUCAAACAUUUUCUAUUGAGCUUUGAUCCGCUGAUGUGGCAGACCAGGGUGAGACUUGGAAUUGAUAGUCAUCCUUUCAUUUGUUUUCCAUCGAAAUGUUAUACUAAGGAUCAUCGUCCCUCUGUAAAAUGAUGCUAGAGUGUAAGAAGAAGGCCAUUUUCAUAGAUAUUCCACAUAAAAUCUCUGUGCAACUUGUGCUCGAAUGGAAUAAGUUCUCCAAAACCUUGUUUUGGAAAAUAGCCCCAUACAUGCAGCUUAUUAAAGUGCUUUCAAGUAUGAAUAGUUUUAGUAACACUUCUGAUAUUGCCAUCCUUCUUUUCGUUCAAUCUUAAUUCCAUAGGUUUUCUCACUAGUAAAAAUGACAUUGUCUCUAUUGAAAUUCUCGUGUUAGUCUGUCCAUAAAAAAUUGUCUUUCCCGAUUUUCUUUCUCAAAUCGUGGCUUUGCCAAAGGUAGUCCGUAAGUGUCACCAUUCACGCGCAAUCGAGGUCUUCCACUUCUUGCGUCAAUAUUCACGCUAUCUUUCUUCAGAAUAUUGGAGAAACCAUUCGAUGUGACGUCUUGCUUGCGUUUGUCUAUCAUAAUGAUCUUUGAAUCAUUUUUCUUAGAUGUAUUACUUGGUCGACCUAUUCAUGGAGAAUCGGAGAGAUCUUCUUCCUUCUACCAACGAUCUAACUAAUAUCAUAUGGCCUUUCGGUCGCAACCAAUAUACUUUGACAUACCUUGGUUUGACAUUUCGGAGUUCAUGGAAUGAAGUUCAAGAAAACCAAUUUCGUAACGUUGUGACAUUGAAAGUCACAUACAGUAUGUUGCACUCAAAAUAAAAGGAAAAAAGUGAACGCUCGAUAUUGAUCUAUAUGUUAUACAUGAUUGUUGUUCGAAUUUGAUUGGGUCGAGUCCAUAAAAAAAUCAGAACAACUUAGGAGAAGACAGAAGACUUUGUCGACUGAUUUAGCUGCCAAAUUGGUCGAUAGCAUGAAAAUACGUAUAGAACAGUUGAUUAAAGCAAAUGAUCACUACACGUUGUAUUAUAAUAAAGUGCUCAUAUCAAUUUUGAAAUCAAACAUAAAUUUGACAAAAAAAAUAUUGAAAUCUAUUAAAAAAGGACGGAUUCUUGAAAGACUUUUGACUCGUGGUGCAGAACUACAGUUGUUGCAUCAUCUUUACUUAAUAAACAAACUUGAACGCUAAGCGAUAAUAGCCGAUGAGCCUAGUACAGAUAGCAUGAGCGCCUUCACGUUUUGAAAGAGACGCCAUUUCAAGUGGAAUCUAAUAUUGUUCUAAGAGUUUAAAAGUAUUCAUGCAGUGAGAUAUUUAAAAUAUUGAAGCAGAAGAACAGCGGUUAACCGGCAGUUUUCGAGUAGUUUGGAUAAUAUGAGUAACUUCCAUGAAUCAACAAGUGUUUAGUGAUGUUCUCGUUAAAUUAUCACGUUUUUCAAUAAUUAUUGGGUAACAAUGAUUUGAAGAUAUUAAACGAUAAAAUCAAUUUUGUUUUAUGGAUAUAAAUAUACAGUCUCAAUUCUAUUCAUUCGAUGAGAAUUGAUUAAUAAAGUUUAAUCGAUCAUAAUAAGGCUUUCGAGAAACGUUACAGUCGAACUUUUACAAAUACUAUCGAUAAAUAGUACGGUCAUCAUUCUUAAAACAUCAAUGUGCACGUUUUGGAAAAUUUUCUAAGACUGAAAAUUGUUGUUGCCUUAAGGAAAGUACAGGUCUCUUAUUAUUAUAGUAUAUGAAUCAAUAUAUAAAAAGUUUCUUUUUCGAAAAAUGCCAUCUGUUAUAUCAAGUAACAAUUUUCUCAGGUUUAUUCCAACAUUCAUUGUAGCAAAUACAUAUCAAAUUCUAUCCUGUCAUAAAUCAUGUCAACAUUCCCAAUCAGGGCUUCGCGUGGAAUGGGAUGAGACGAAAACUAUCAUCUCAUGGGUCAAACGAUUAUAAUCUGUCCCACGGGAUGGGACAACUGAAAAAAACAUUUUCAUCCCAUCUCAUGAGACGUCUCAAUCGUCAAAUACUUUUUAAGAAGUUAAAUUCAUUUAACUAAUACUGAUCGACUGGAACUAUGAAAUGUCAUAUAAUUUCAUGCCAUAUUUCAAAAUUUUAUUACAAUGAAAUCCACUAUGUGAACUCCAGUUCUUUUCUUCUAAUUUACAAUGAAGCAUCAUUCUUUUUUUAAAUACAACAUUUUACAAAGUAGAAAAAAUAAGUAACAAAUGAAAAAUUAAAAUUUUUCAUUAAAUAUAAAAAAUAACUGCAAAGAAAUAAACAUAAAUCAACGUAUUAAAAAAUUCCAAUUUCAAAUAAUUGAACAAGUUUUAUAUUGUCCAUUUGAACGAAUAAAUAGAAUGUUAUUUACUUGAUCAGGAUCUAAUGCUGUUCGACGUUCAUUGAUUACGAGGCCAGCCCCACUGAACUGCCGUUCGACAACUGCAGAGGAAGCCGGUAUACAAUGAAUUUGACGGUGUGCCGUACUAACGCCGAAAGGAAAAAUGUCGAAAGAAAAAGAACGAAAAUGUUGAAAGGAAACAUAUCGAAAGAAAAAUGUAUAAAGGAAAAUUAUCGACAGGAAAAAUGUGGGGUGUGUGUGGGAGGAUAUGGGUGUGUGGUUGAGAAGAAGACUCACACCCGCACUCUACCCACACACCCACACCCACACAUCCGCAUCCACAUCCACACCCACACCCGUAAAUCACAACUAACGAAAUUCGGCAUUGGUUCAAAGUCUUCGUCUGCAUUUGAUUUCUUGGUCGGAAGACCGAAAAGCGGCCAACGAAUAGAAGACAAAUUACUUAUUGCGUUUUUAAUCACUUUAUAAUUUGAUAAAUCGGUUUUUAAUAAUCUGGUGAUUCGUUCAGCUGUGAAUUCAUAACAACCUGAUUUGAAUUGAAAACUUGAAGGUGAGAAUAACGUAACGAUAGACGAAGUCGAAGCGUGGGUGUGGGAUGUGGAUAUGGCGUGUUGACGAAGAGAAGAAUAAGACUCAUACUCCACACUCACACAUCCACUCACACCUAUACCCACACACUCCAUUCUCACACCUUCGACUAGCAGAUUGAUCCGUAUCAAAGAGAUAUAGAUUGGUCUGUUUUUGAAUUACAUUUCUUCUAUUUCGUUUUAAUUCAAGCACAUUUAUUUGUUAUUAUUCUUUUGUUAUUUAGUUUUUCGACAGGAAGUUGAUUACUGAAAAGAAAGAGUUGAUAGUAUCAGAUUGAGUUAGUCUUUUCGUCAAGAAAUAGGUUGACUGUUUUUCAAUCGAUUUAAAUAUUGGAUUUUAUACAGAUUCAUGCUAUAAACCAGCUGUUGACGUGUUUAGUUGGGCUGAAAUUGGGAUAGUGCAAGCUCUUAUUUCUACUCAUCACACAAAUAGAUUAUCUGUUAUUUUAAUUCAAUUUUCAAAUUGGGAGGGGUUUUGGAAAUGUUCUCAAUUUAAAUAUUGCAUUUUGUACAG